AUGGCAGACGAUGAGCAACAUGAGCAACACACUUUCGAGCAGUCCGGCUCCGGUGCCUCUCUCACUUUCCCAAUGCAAUGUUCCGCAUUGAGGAAGAACGGUCACGUCGUCAUCAAGGGUCGCCCAUGCAAGAUCGUUGACAUGUCCACCUCCAAGACUGGAAAGCACGGUCACGCUAAGGUCCACUUGGUCGCCAUUGAUAUCUUCACUGGAAAGAAGCUCGAAGAUUUGUCCCCAUCCACCCACAACAUGGAUGUUCCCCACGUCGUCCGUAACGAAUACCAGCUCAUCGACAUUGAUGACGGUUACCUUAACCUCAUGACCAGCGACGGUAACCCCAAGGACGAUGUCAAGCUUCCAGAGGGUGACUUGGGCAAGGAAAUUCAAACUGCUUUCGACGAAGGAAGAGACCUCAUUGUCACCAUCGUCUCUUCUAUGGGAGAAGAACAGGCCCUUGCCUACAAGGAUGCUCCAAAGAACUAG